UCCACCGGCAGCAGGUGAGGGUCAAAUGAGCGGAAGAGCGUCGCGGACAGGUGGGAGGAACACAAAAAGAGAAGCCAAGACGGGACAAAUGGACGCCAACGACACGGUGCUGUCCGAGAGCCUCGUGAUAUGGCUGCAGACCUUCAACACUGCUGCGCCCUGCAGAACAGUGGAGGAGCUGACCACUGGAACGGCUAUAUCACAGGCACUGCAUCAAAUAGACCCGGCGUGGUUCUCUGACGGAUGGCUCCGCCGGAUCAAAACGGACGUCGAUGACAACUGGAGACUGAAGAUGAACAACCUGAAGAAGAUCCUUCAGAUGGUGGUUGACUAUUACAGUGAGGUCUUGGCCCAGGAGAUGUCCGACUUCCCCUUGCCCGAUCUGGCCGUGGUGGCGGAGCAUUCGGACCCCGUGGAGCUGGGGAGGCUCCUGCAGCUGGUGCUGGGCUGUGCCGUCAGAUGUGAGCGUAAACAAGAAUACAUUCAGAUCAUCAUGACCUUGGAGGAGUCUGUGCAGCAUGUCGUCAUGACAGCCAUCCAAGAGCUCAUGAGUAAAGAGAUCAUGGCCCCGUUUGGAGAACUGUCGGGGGACUUGGAACAGCAGCUGAAAAAAGCCCUCGAGGAACUCACCGAACUUCUGGCGGAGAAGGAGGCGUUGGCCCAGCGCUGCCAAGAGCUGGACAUACAGGUGGCCGUCCUGCAAGAGGAACGGAACAGCCUGUUGGCUGAGAACGACGUCCUGACGGACCGAGCCCAUCAGCUGGACGCGUUCGACGACCCGAGCACCCCGUCGGGGAAGAAACACAGCCAGCUGCAGCAGCAGGUGGAGGCGUUGGAGGAGGAGAACUUCAGGCUGGAGGCCGCGAAGGACGACUACCGGAUCCACUGCGAGGAGUUGGAGAAGCAGCUGAUCGAGGUUCAGCACCGUAAUGACGAGCUCACCAGCCUGGCAGAAGAGUCUCGAGCCCUCAAAGACGAACUGGACGUCCUGAGGAACUGCUCCGACCGGGUGGUGACGCUGGAGACCUCGCUGGACACGUACAAACGGAAACUGGAGAAUCUCGGUGACCUGAAGAGGCAGAUGAAGCUGCUGGAGGAGAACAACAUGACCUACAUGCACAACACGGUCAGCUUGGAGGAAGAGCUGCGCAAGGCCAACGCGGCCCGCGCACAGCUCGAGACGUACAAGAGACAGGUCCAAGAACUGCACAGGAAGUUGAGCGAGGAGUCGCGGCGAGCGGACAACCUGGCCUACGAGAUGAAGAAGUUGGAGGAGAAGCACGAAACGGUGAUGAAGGAGAAGGAGAGGACCAUCAUGGAGAGAGAUUCUCUGAAGGAGAUCAAUGAGGAGCUGCGAUGCACUCAGGCUCAACAGCACCAGCUCUCCCAAACAGGGAUUCUUCCUUCUAGCAGCCCCAGCCAUGAAAACCUGGCGGCUGAAUUAAUACCCAUCGAGUACAGAGAACAGUUCAUCCGGCUGCAGCACGAGAACAAGAUGCUGAGGGUGCAGCAGGAGGAGUGUGAGAGGGAGAAGAUCGCUGCACUGCAGAGCCAGCUGGAGGAAGCCCACAAGACGCGCAGUGAGCUGGACACGGAGAACAGAUUGAGUCGAGAGCGGAUCGGCGAGCUGCAGCAGCAGGUGGAGGACCUCCAGAGGGCGCUGCAGAGUCAGGCGGCCCAACCUGACGACUCAAACCUGAAGCGGAAACUCGACGCGCACAUGGUCCAGCUGAACGAGGCUCAGGACGAAAUCAUGAAGAAGAAAGAGCUGCUGGAGGACCUCCAGCCCGACGACACUCAAACCUCCCUGAAGCUGGACGAGCUGAACGCUGCUCUGAAGAAGAAGGACGAUGACAUGCGGGCCAUGGAGGAGCGGUACAAAAUGUACCUGGAGAAAGCUCGCAAUGUUAUCCGAGCGCUGGAUCCUAAACUGAACCCAGCCACCGCUGAGAUCCAGGCUCUGAGGAACCAGUUGGCAGACCGGGACAAGCAGAUCCUGAACCUGGAACGUCAAUGUGAGCAGGCCAAGCUGAGGGAGUACGAGGAGAAGCUGGUGGUCACUGCGUGGUACAACACGAGUCUGAGCUUUCAGAAGCUGGCGAUCGAGUCUCGCCUCGGUGGCUCCGCCUCCUCCGCGAGGUCCCCCGGCCAGUCCUUCCUGUCCCAGCAGCGGCAGGUCUCGAACGCCCCACGCCGGGCGCUCUCCAUAAACGCGCCGGCCGCUACCUCCAAGUAGACGAAGAGGCCCACGUCUCCUCCUCCCUCGCUCACUCCACUACAAGUGACCUUAAACACAUCUGCGCUCGGGGGAGGAGUCACGGAUCAGCUGAUCGGGGAUCAAUGAGCACCAGCUGAUCGAACAGAACCCGAGACGGACUGUCCCACGGGCUCCGGGCUGAGCUCUCGUAGAACGGGGACCCCGUAGACCUCCUGACCCGUAGACCUUCUGACCCGUAGACCUCCUGACCCGUAGACCUUCUGACCCGUAGACCUUCUGACCCGUAGACCUCCUGACCCGUAGACCUUCUGACCCGUAGACCUUCUGACCCGUAGACCUUCUGACCCGUAGACCUUCUGACCCGUAGACCUCCUGACCCGUAGACCUCCUGACCCGUAGACCUCCUGACCCGUAGACCUCCUGACCCGUAGACCUCCUGACCCGUAGACCUUCUGACCCGUAGACCUUCUGACCCGUAGACCUCCUGACCCGUAGACCUUCUGACCCGUAGACCUCCUGACCCGUAGACCUUCUGACCCGUAGACCUUCUGACCCGUAGACCUCCUGACCCGUAGACCUCCUGACCCGUAGACCUUCUGACCCGUAGACCUUCUGACCCGUAGACCUCCUGACCCGUAGACCUUCUGACCCGUAGACCUCCUGACCCGUAGACCUUCUGACCCGUAGACCUUCUGACCCGUAGACCUCCUGACCCGUAGACCUUCUGACCCGUAGACCUCCUGACCCGUAGACCUUCUGACCCGUAGACCUCCUGACCCGUAGACCUUCUGAGGCUCUGCAGCUCGGCUGAAUGAAUACUUUAUAAUCAAUACCGCCUUCAGUCUCUUUUAUCCUCUCAUGACGUGCACUUGAACAGGAAUGAGAGAAAUGUUAAUGAAUGCUUAUUUUACUCCAAAUUGGAUCCCGUGAAAUAUAUAUAUAUAUAUAUAUAUAUAUAUAUAUAUGU